AUGGUCAGAGAAGAAGACGAAAAUCGAUUGUUAUACUAUCGUACCCUUUUUAGUCAAUAUUUAGUUGAUAUGUAUGCGAAAAUAGAAACGGAAAGAUUGAAUUAUAUCAGGUACAACCAAGCAUACCUCAGAGCAGAUAGUUAUGUACAUUUGAAAGAUGCGAUAGGAAGGCAGGACACCGAUAUUACUCAACUUGGUAAUAGGGUGGUACUCCCUUCAUCGUUUACUGGAUCACCUCGAUAUAUGCAUGAAAGAACUCAAGAUGCAAUGACCUACGUACGCCAUUACGGUAGGCCUAACCUUUUCAUCACAUUUACAUGCAAUCCUCAAUGGAAAGAUAUUGCAGAUGCAUUGCUGCAUGGUCAAAAGCCACACGAUCGUCAUGACAUUAUAGCACGGGAAUUUCAUUUAAAAGUUAAAGCAAUUAUGUCACUGCUAAGAAAAGGAAAUUUGUUUGGAAAAGUGCGUUGCUUUAUGUAUUCCGUUGAAUGGCAGAAGCGAGGUCUUCCACACAUCCACAUUUUGUUGUGGUUGGAGCAGCGAAUUUCUGCGGUUAAUACAGAUAAUGUUAUCUGUGCGGAGAUACCGGAUCCUCAAAAGGAUCCUAUCCUUUAUAAAAUUAUCAAAGCCAAUAUGAUCCAUGGGCCCUGCGGAAAUUUGAGGAAAUCCCCGUGUAUGAAAGGAGGUUGCUGUAGCAAAAAAUAUCCUCGAAUUCUCCUGAAAGAAACCCAAACAGGCGACGACGGCUACCCUAAAUAUCGGCGAAGAGGUCCCGCGGAUGGUGGAUUCACGGUUGAAAUCCAUGGUGUAACCUUAGAUAAUAGAUGGGUGGUACCGUAUAAUCCAGUUUUGUCUCGAACUUUUGCUGCUCACAUCAACAUCGAGUAUUGUAACUCUGUAAAAUCUAUUAAGUAUAUAUGCAAAUACGUCAAUAAAGGAUCCGACCAAGCCUCAUUUGGUCUUGAAAAUGACAAUGAUGAGGUCAAAUUAUAUGAAAGUGGUCGAUAUAUUAGCAGCUCUGAAGCUGUUUGGAGAAUCCUGGCCUUUCCUAUACAUGAAAGAUUUCCAGCUGUUUUUCAUCUCGCAGUGCACUUGGAAAAUGGCCAGCGUGUCUAUUUUAAUCCUAACGACUUCAAUAAUGUGACUGAAAAGGUAAAUAAUCCACAGAAAACUACUCUUCUAGCAUUUUUUGACCUUUGCAAAACGGAUAAUUUUGCAAAAACUCUUCUCUAUGUUGAAGUCCCUUCAUACUAUGUGUGGAAAAGUACUAAAUUUGAGAGACGAAAACGUGGAAACAAUGUUGAUGGUUGGCCGGGAGUCAAAAAAAUCAAGCUUUGGGCAGAGUGUACACCGUCCACCCUAAUAACGCCGAAUGUUACUACCUUCGUCUUCUUCUUCAUCAAGUGA